AUGAACCGCUCGCCCUCGACCUCGGGCUUGCUCCCGCUGCCGGGCACACCAUCCUCGUCGUGGGCCCUCUACCGCGCGCGCCUGUCCAACAUGUUUCGCAACACCGACGUCUCGGUCGUUAUCGCGUUUUGGCUAUUCGGCCUCAUCAACAACAUCCUCUACGUGCUCGUCCUCUCCGCCGCCCAAGACCUCGUCGGCACGUCCGUCCCCAAAGGCGCCGUGCUGCUCGCCGACGUCCUGCCCUCCUUCCUCACCAAGCUGGUCGCGCCCUACUUCAUCCACCGCGUGCCCUACUCGGUGCGCAUCGCCGUCUUUGUGGCGCUCUCGUGCGCCGGCAUGCUGGUGGUGGCGGCCGCGCCGGUGGAGGGGGCCGUGGGCGUGAAGCUGUUGGGCGUGGUGCUGGCGAGCUUGUCGAGUGGCGGGGGGGAGCUGAGCUUUUUGGGGCUGACGCAUUAUUAUGGGCAUGGGAGUUUGGCGGCGUGGGGGAGUGGCACGGGAGGGGCGGGGUUGGUGGGCGCGGGGUUGUAUGUGGUGUUGACGGGGUGGAUUGGGUUGGGGGUGAGGGGGAGUUUGUUGGUGGGGGCGCUGCUGCCGAGUGUGAUGGUGGUGGCGUUUUGGGGGAUCUUGCCGAGGGGGCCGUUGAAGGGGUGGAAGGGCGGGUAUGAGCGCGUUGCGGAGCCUGGGGAAGAGGAGGACGGGGAGGAGGGGUUUGAGGAUGUGCCUGCGGGUGCGGCUUCCGCUGGGCUGCUCGCACCGGGACCGUCGGUGGCGGCUACGGCGUAUACGCAUCAUCAUGAGGGGCGCACGGGGAGGGCGUCGUUUUGGGGGAAUGUGCGGCGGGCGAGGGCGCUGUUUUUCCCGUACAUGCUGCCGUUGUUGCUUGUGUACGUGGCUGAAUACACCAUCAACCAGGGUGUGGCGCCGACGCUGCUGUUUCCGCUGGACCAGUCGCCCUUCUCCGAGUUCAGGGAGUACUACCCGUUCUACGGCUUCCUCUACCAACUCGGCGUGUUCAUCUCACGGUCGUCGACGCCCUUCAUCCGGAUCCACCACCUGUACUUGCCCUCGUUCCUGCAGGUCGCCAACCUCGUCCUGCUGACGCUGCACGCGGUGCUCAACUUCAUCCCGUCUGUCUACCUGGUGUUUGUGGUCAUCUUCUGGGAGGGCCUGCUCGGCGGCGCGGUCUACGUCAACACCUUCGCCGAGAUUAUGGAGAAUGUUCCGGCGGAAGACCGCGAAUUCAGCCUGGGGGCAACUUCGGUUAGUGAUAGCGGCGGCAUCUGCAUUGCGGGCUUCCUGGGCAUGGCUAUGGAGGUGUGGUUGUGCCGUUGGCAGGUCAGCCAGGGGCGUGAUUACUGUCGGCGUAUCGAGGCGAGCUAA